AUGUCACCGGUGAGAAAACACUCUUAUUGUAGACUUAGAAAUGAAGGUUGGUUCGAUGAGGAUGCGGAGGAAGAGAGAGCGCUUAGGAGAAUAAGGAACUUUUCUAGGCUUAAAAAGUUCACCAUUAGAAAGCGGUCGAAGAUUCGAAUUCCGGGCUUGAGAAGGUUCUUGAGGAAAAAAGCUAGGCUUUUGUCUAGGGUUAAAGUUUCUUGGCUUAAGGCAUGGAAUAGGCUGAAGAAUGGCCAGGCUCAUAUGAACGAUCUUUUUGGUGGAAAUUUUCUAGUUAUGCAGGUCAGAGGAACUAGUGCAAGCGAUCCGAACAAGUUCACAAAGUCUCCUAUGAAAGGAAAGGCUGCUGAAAUGAAUGUGUUUACUGCAAAGAAGAUUGCGCGAAGAAGGGCACGGCGUUUGAUGUUGGCUCCCGAAUACAUGCUUUCGUCAAGUUUAAGGAACUUAGUAUCAAGAGCCUCGUGA